AUGUCAAUAUAAUAUGCUAUAUUUAUUUAAUUUUUUUUAAAACCUUGCUAAAACGUAAAUAAAGUUCGCCCGUGUGUAGACUGAAUGUCCGUCUGUUUCAAUCUGUGAGCAACCCCCUUCCCCCUUCCUUAGCCCACUUUACCAGAAGCCACCAAAAGUCUAGCCUAAGGGGGUUAAACUGUUUUAAAUCGCGUAAAUUUGAAUGUUCCUGUCAUGUAAGUAUUGAAUGAGGAAGCAGCAUUUCAAAGGACAUGUAUUCUAGCCUUGACCUUUUUUGCCAAUAUAUGUAAUUCAUUUGACUGGGUUCUUGUUUUUACUAUCUCCUUUGACCAAAAUUGUGACCUGGAGAUAAUAUACGAAAUAUUCAAAUUCACACGCGUUAUUUACUCAAAGAGUAAUAUAAAUGAGAAUAUAAUGGCUGUGUUUUUUAGAUAUUUAGUUAGCUCAAAAGUUAAUGUUGAGUGCAUGAUGAGUGUGUCACGGUUGGUUUCCUUUAAUUCAUUUUAACAAAUUAACACUAAUGCUAUUUCACAUAUCAUGUUCUAUUUUCCAUGUCCUUGGAAUGAGGUUCGACGAAAAUAGCUACAUGACAAUGAUAGCUGGAAUAAGGUAUUUGAUAAUUGAUUUCUUAGAACUAAUCUAUGUUUUAUGAACAUAAAUUUUACAUUGUUAAUAUUAUUGUUGUCAUGUUUUAUUUAAUAUUUUUUUUUUUAUAAUGAAUAACUUCUUUUUAAUAAUUUAAGAAACCUUAGAAAAAUAUUAUGAUGAUUAUAUUCCGACGCCUCUGAAAUGGAUUUAAGCUUUAAAAAAUGUCUGGUAAUUUAAGGGAACGUUUUUUCUCCUUUUUUCUUCUUGCUGUUAUUGUACGUGAAAUUGCAGCAUCUUGCACCACAAGUGAAGGUGGUUUGACUAUUCAAUGCUCUGAUGAAAUUUCUGGAAAGGAUGUAAGUUUGAAAGUAGAAGUAGAACCAUGUAAAGAUAAGCCCACCAUUGCUUUGGAGAUGAAAGUGGCUGGGGUGACAUUUAAAGGAGAUUUUGAUGCUUCUGUAUCCAUCCCAGUGCCUAACUUAACCAUAUUUAAUGCAGGAUGGUACAUUGUGAUAGACAUGACUAAGGAUAACGAUUACCUAAAACUUUCGAUAACAUUGAAGCUAAAAGGACUUGGACUUUUUUUUGUUCCGACUUCUGUUAAGAUUCUACAGAGGAGCGUACCUGUUGACUGCAACGAUCUUGAAGCAUGGUGGAAUUCAAUGAGUUUGUUGGAGAAAAUAUUUGUUCUCGUUGGAAGUUUCGUUGUUUGGGUUGCUUCGAUUGUCUUUUGUUGUUGCUGCCAUCGGUCGCGUUCUUCGAACAAUGUUCAACAGCCAGCACCCAUAACUGAGGAUACUAGCACUGUUUUUUAUGUUUCUGGAGAGGUGCAGAUGCCACCGCAGUCUCAAAUUAUCACACAGCAAAGUUAAUUCGAUAACA